AUGGCGUCCAGUGCGCGCCCCGCACAAGCAUCCGCCGCGGAGCCGUGGCGGCAGGCCGCCUGGUGGAACGACCUGAUCAGCGAGAAGUCGGAGUCAAGUCGCAGCUGGUGGGACGAGCUCAGGCGGCCCGGGUGCGUCGUCGGCGCCACCGUGCUCGACUCGGUGCACCAGCGCCACGCCAGCCUCUCUCGCGUGCGCCUGGACGUCGACGACGGGUCCUCGGUGGCGGUCGUCGUGAAGGACUCGGACUGCUCGGACGUCGCCGCGUUCCGCGACGCCGCGCACCAGCAGCGGUCGUGGACGUCGGCGGUGAGCGAGGCUGCCUUCUACGGCAACAAGGCCGACCUGCUGCUGCGGGGCGGGGCGCGCGUGCCGCGCCCGCUGGUCUCCGAGGUCGACGAGGCGAGCCAGAGAGUGCGGCUCGUGAUGGAGGAUCUGACGGGCGGCGCCGCGCAGCCGAGCGGGACGCACCACAGGAAGAUGCUCGACGCCGGCGACGCGAGAGCCGCGCUGACGCAGCUGGCGCGCAUCCACGCCACGUACCUUGGCGCGCUGUCAGAGGGGGACGCGCGACGGCGGGGGCUGUGGUCCCAGGGGUGCUACUGGACGCUCAGCAAGCGCGAGAAGGAGCACGCGAAGAUGGGCGCGGAGUGGCGGACCACGCGCGCCGCGUUCCGGCCGUACUGUCCUGCGCUGUUCGACCAUGAGAGCGUGCAGCCCCUGGGCGACACCCUGCGCGACGCCGCACGCGCUCUCGACGCGAAGCUGCACGGCGCCGGCGACGUGGAGACGUGCUGGGUCGGGCCGACGCUCGUGCACGGCGACUACAAGGCCGCGAACCUCCUGUUCGUCGACGCGGGAGGUGGCAGCGGCGCCAACGCCGUGCCCGUCCCUGUGGACUGGCAGUGGGCCGGGCGGGGCCCCGCGGUGUGCGACCUGGCGUACCUGAUCCAGUCGAGCGUGGACCCCGCCGUCCUGUGUCGGGCCGAGGCUGAGUCAGGUCUGCUCCGGCACUAUCGCGACGAACUUGCGGCUGCGUUGCGGGCGGCCGGACGCGCGGACGAGGUGCCCACGGCGACGGCGCUCGCCGCGGGGUACGCUCUGGCCACCCUCGACUACGUCAGGUACCUCAUCGGGGGCAUGUGGGGCCCGGUAACGCCCGAGACGUGCGCGCGCAACGUCGGGCAAGGCAACCAGGGCAUCCACAAGCGCUCCGCCGCCGCACUGUCGCGGCUAGUGGCGCGCUCAGCGGACCUGUGCGGCACGGCGCUGCCCGCGCUGACCGGAGGGGCGGCGCUGCCGCGCGAGGUCGCGACGGCGUUCGCGGAACUCAACCCUCGCGUCCCCGGGGGACUCGAAAUGGGGGUUCUGGGGGACACGGAGGGGGUGGAAGCGGCGUCGAGGGACGCCGGGCUCGUCGCUGCCUGUCUCGUUGCGUCUGUGGGUCUGGCCGAAGCGGCGGGGGACGUCAUCCGCGGAUACAUGCAGGGCGUGCUUGACGGGGGCCUGGGCGUGCGGAACAAGUCCGAGGGGCCGCACGGGGCGAAGGAGGGGAAGCCGAAGUUCGAUCCGCAGACGCAGGCGGACCUGGAGGCGGAGCAGCUCGUGGUGGGGGGUCUCUCGUGCCUGCAUGGGGAUCUUUUAGUUGUUGGGGAGGAGAUGGUGGAAGCUGACUCAGGCAGCGGGGUUGCGGAGGGGAGCAAGGAGGCGCUGGAGGAUGCGCUUGGGUCCGCGGCGGCGCGGGCGGCGCGGGACGCGGUGCUGGCGUCGGGGUGGUGGGGGUGCGUGCCCGCCAGCGUGCGUGACGCCGCGGUGGAGGACUUGACGGUGUGGGUGGACCCGCUCGACGGCACGAAGAGCUUCGUGGAGGGCAGCCCGGAGAACGUCACCGUCCUCAUCGGUACGGCGAUCAAAGGCGUGCCAGCUCUCGGCGUGAUUCACCAGCCCUUUGCCAACCCUCCUCGGACGUACUGCGCGCUGCCGGGCGCGGGCGGGUUCGUGCGCGCCGCGCCGUCCUCCACGUCCGCGGCGGCCUUCGAGCGGAUCGAGGUGACGCAGCUGCCCGGCUGGCAUCACAUGCGGGCCGGCAAGGCGCGCGACGGGCUGGUCAAGGUGGCCACGACGCGGCAGCACAGGUCUCCCGCGGUGCUCGAGGCGGCCAACUCCGUGAAGCCGGACGAGAUCCUGGGCAUAGGCGGGGCUGGCAACAAGGCUCUACGUCUGUUGGAUGGCGACAUCUCGCACUACAUCUUCACGGCAAAGGGCACGAAGCGGUGGGACACGUGCGCUCCCGAGGCGCUCCUGCGCGCCGUGGGGGGGUUCAUCCUCGACAGCACCGGCGCGCCGUACCCGUACGACCUGCCGAGGGGGGUGUCGCUGCCCGACCUCCCGGAGGAGUCCUGGCGCAACACGCGCGGCAUCGUGGCCGGCCUGACGCGGGCCACGUGGGAGAGCCUUGCGCCGCUCUUUGCGGACCAGGAGAAAGAGCGGGACGGCGAGCCGAGCCAGCCAGCGCCGGCGUGGGAGGGCUGCAAUCCGCGCUGCUUCGCGGAGGACGUGACGCUCAGCUCAAUGAGAAAAAAAAGUCCCUAG